AGCGACAUUGAAUUCUCAUUUUCCAACAAUCUGCUUCAUCGCCUUCAAUCCAGUACCAUGGCGGCGGUAGGCCCAGAGUCCACUAGCGAUGCUCCAUCGUCACACGCUGUAGACUAUCUUGCACAAGACCAAUUCCAUCGACGAUUCAUACUGCCCGCCACGGCGGAUCAUAGCGAGCUGCAAGUUAGCUACGCGGAUGUUGGGCGCAAUCCGAAACAAGGCAGCGAUGGCACACAUUAUCCGACAAUUUUAUUCAUCCCAGGGAUGUUCGCAUCGCGCUAUCUGAGUGUCUGGAUGCACGCUAUCGCAGAGAAGCUGGGCGUCCGGGUUCUGGUCGUAGAUAGGCCGGGAUUGGGACAUUCAACCGCAGUGCCUCUCGACCAAAGAGUUAAUACAUGGAUAGAGUUGGUGCCUCGCCUUCUGGCGCAUUUACAGAUAGAACAUGUCGCGCUGGCAUGUCACAGCGCCGGUACGAUUUAUCUUCUAAACACUCUAGUCCGAUGUCGUGAAAUCCUUGAUCCAAAAAGGCCACUGGUUGUCUUAAUAGCUCCGUGGAUCGAUCCGGCCCAUUCCCAGGUUGCGGCUAUGCAGAUGGCGCAGAACCUGCCAGCCAGUGUAUUUAGCAUUUGGCAUAACAUACCCAAGCUUGUAUCGGUCGGCGAGACGGCAUUCCAAAAAAUGUCCAAAUUGCUGCCUUUCAGCAGCGGUAUCAGCACUACGGAGACGCCAUCACUGGUAAGAAAUCGCCAGAGGAUAGAGAGCGAGUAUGGGAUGCCUCUGGAGCUUCAGAAGGAACUGCAGGCCAUGACCCUCAAGUCAAUGUUGAACGAAAAUUUAGUCGGCGCAGAUAGCGAGCUACUUCAGUGUCUCCGAAAAGGACCAGCGGGGCUUUGGGGAGAGUGCGAAGACUAUGAGCUCUUUGUCAAGAGGCUGGCCGAGCUUGAACGGGGCCGGCGAGCACGCGAGGGCGAUAGCAAUGAAGAAAAUCUCAGAAUUGACGCUUAUUUUGCUGAGACCGAUGUUAUGAUCGGGAAAAAUGGUCAAAGGUAUCUGGAAGAUUGCUGGAGAGGUAGCAGGGAGGACGAUUUUCACGACGUACUAAACUUCACGGCCACGACCGUCGACGAGACAGAUCAUGACAGUGUCGUACAAUCCGUCAUUGUUUUGAAGCAGAUAUUCCUCAGUGCUGGUGGUACAAUGCCGGCUGAUGUUUAAGAUAAAGUCAUAAAAUCC